AUGGCACAACAACUUGAUUCAAGGCAAACCAACACCAUUAUUGAACCCGCCCAAAACCCAAGUAGUGUCUAUUAUUUGCAUCCUUCGAACUCCGCUAGUUCAAAACUGGUUUCCAUAGUCUUUGAUGGCACAUGUUAUAUUGAUUGGAAGAGAUCGAUGAUCACAAUUCUCGACGCAAAAAAUAAAAUUUCCUUUACUGAUGGAAGUCUCCCUAAACCCGCUGUAGGAUCCAGUGAUGAACGAGCAUGGCACCGGUGUAAUAACAUGGUCACCGGGUGGAUUAUUGCCUCGUUAGAACGACACAUCGCCAAGAGCAUCAUGUAUUUCAAAACCGCUUUUGAAAUUUGGAAGGAUCUUGAGGCAAGAUUUGGGAACCCCUCUACGUCUCAGAUUUACCGGUUACAACAACUCAUUACUGUUUUUCAAGAACCAAACAUGAGUGUUGCUGAAUACUUCACUAGAGGGAAAUCUUUAUAG